AUGGACAGCCCUGAUGGCGCCGGUGGUGAAGGCAAGAAGAAAAAAAGUUCUAGACCUUUGUUUCUAAAUCGAGAUAUCGUUAUCAAGCGAUUGCAUCACAGACAACAGAGCAGAAAGGACAGUCCCAUGGUUCUCCUCAAGGACAUUUUCGAGGAGACUCCUGACAAAGAUCGCUUUGUCGGGGAUGUGAUGUUCUGGAAGUUCUUCGAAGAUAUCGAUGCGACCCGAAUAUAUCACACAAACUCAGUGGAGUACAGGAACUUGAAGGUCAUGUUCUUUGAAACGCUGUUUUAUCUGGUCCUGCUGGCCUCCGUGACACUGUAUGCGUACAACCUGCAGUCGCAGGAUGUUUUCGAGAGUCGAAUCGAGCAGCUCGACUACUGGAGUGGUUGCGACACAGAUGGCAACUGCAGAAUCCAGAAGGUUGAGAACAUUCAGAGUUUCUGGUCUUGGAUGCAGGAAGAGCUCUUGCCUUUGGCAUACACCGAUGAUGUCGGUGCACCCAUCGUUGCGCAGAUAGACACAGUGUUUCCGAACAGCCAGUUUCCGCUGAAGUGGAGCCCGCGCUACUUGAGUGACACACGCAGCACAGUUCUUCUUGGUGCUUUGCGCAUGCGCCAGCUGCGAGUCCAGCCCAAUACGGGUUGCAGUGUGACUGCUCUCGUGAAGCACGUCUAUGCUGAUUGCUAUUCUACAUAUGAUGAGACGCGUGAGAGUCAAGCUGCAUACGACCCGCGUUUCGCGCCAACAUACCUCAUCAAGGCCUACCAGUGGCGCCCUGUGGAAGAGACGCAGCAGAUUGCCAUCCGAGGAGCUGCAGCAACUUACUCUGGCUCGGGCUUUUUCAUCGAUCUGCCAGCCAACAAGUCGCAUGCGCUGAGCAUGCUCCAUGAUUUGCAGACAUGGAGAUGGUGUGAUCGGAUGACCAGGGCGGUUUCGAUUGAAUUGACGACGAUGAGCACGAAUGUGAACGUCAUAGUCAACACAGUCAUCCUCUUUGAGUUCACUCCCAACGGAGCUGUGACUGGAACUGUCACAAGCACGGCCAUGCGGACAUUCUUCUUCACGCCGUCCGUGCAGGGCUCUAACUUGGUGGCUUUCCUUCUCAUGAUCUGGCUCGGCUUGGUCUUUCUGAUCUUCACGAUCUAUUCCUUCUGGUUGAUGUAUAAGACAUGUUUCAAUUUCUUAGGGCAAAAUCCACUGGGCUAUCUGCAGCGCUCUGGCUGGGCCGCAAGGCUCGCCUUUCCAUUCCGGACCUUUUAUCAGUUCUUCCGAUAUGGUUGGAAUUGUGCAGACAUGGUGAUCCUUGGAUCCUUCUAUGUUCACCUGAGCUACCGUAUCGGAGCUUAUGUGGCAGUAAGCAACAACCCUGUGCUGCAACCGGAUGUUGUGGGACAUCCAGAGAUUUUCAUGCCUUUCGGGCAAUUAAUGGAGCCGCUGGUGCUCGGCAACAACCUUCUGGCCCUUUUGUCCAUCACUUGUUGGGUCAAACUGUUCAAGUAUCUUUGCAUGAGCAGCUACUUUCGGUUGUUGGUGAGAAUCCUGGAGGCAUGUGCGAGCAG